GAGCGGAGCCGGGCCGGGGCAGCGGCGGGCAGCGGGAAGAGCCAAGGGAAGGCGCUUUUCCCUCGCCCCUUCCCCCGGACCUGCCGUGCCCCUCUUUGCUCAGGCUCUUUCGACUCUGGGCAGUAUUUUCCGUGAGCGGGAGGCAGCUCUUCCGGAGCUGGAGCUUUCCCCGGCGGUGCCCCGUCUGGGCUCGGCUCUGCCGGGAGAAGCGGCCGCGUCCCGGCGGCGCCGGGGGACCGAGCUCUGCCCCUUCCCCGGGACAACUCCCCGGCUCCUCACGGCAGGCCGGGCUCCGGGCCCGGGGAGGUGACCGCAGCCGGCGAUCCCUCGGACCGAGCCCGUCCCGCAUCUCGCCCGCUGCCAGCCAGCCCGGGAGAUCUCACAGCAAGGACAUGGCUUCAAAUGAAAGAGAGAUUGUGGUUUGGGUUUGCCAGGAGGAGAAGAUUGUAUGUGGCCUGACAAAGCGCACAACUUGCUCAGAAGUGGUUCAAGCACUGCUUGAGGAACAUCAGACAACAUUUGGAGAGAAAAAGGUCCUUUUUGGAAAACCUAGUGAUUACUGCAUUGUAGAAAAAUGGAGAGGCUCAGAGCGAGUACUGCCUCCCUUGACAAAGAUUCUGAGACUUUGGAAGGCCUGGGGGGAAGAGCAGGCUAAUUUGCAUUUUGUGUUGGUAAAGUCAGAUGCUUUCCUCUCGUUUCCACUGUGGAAGACAGCAGAAGCCAAGGUAGUACAGAACAUAGAAAAGCAGUGGGACCUCAGCCCAGCAAACUACAUGAAGAUGUUGCCAAUAGACAAGCAAAAGAAAAUUGUGAGGAAGACUUUCCGGAAACUGGCCAAGCUUAAGCAGGACAGUGUUCAGCAAGAGAGAGAUAAUAUGGAGACUCUGAUUCAUCUGAUCAUUUCUCAAGAUCAUACAAUUCAUCAACAAGUCCUUAGAAUGAAGGAACUAGAUAUGGAAAUUGAAAAAUGUGAAGCAAAAUUCCAUCUAGAUCGUGUGGCGAAUGAUGGAGAAAAUUAUGUGCAGGACUCCUAUUUAAUGAUCAAUACAAGUGAGGCUGAGCAGCAAGGGAGUAGGCCAGAUGAUCAAAAAGAUAUUCAUGACUAUUUGAGCAAAAGUGAGGGAAUUUUACAGGUGGAAGAGAGACUGAAACAUCACAAGCAAUUAAUAGAAAACCUGUGUGCUGAAAUUGAAAGAGAAGUACACGGUAUAUGCAUGGAAAAAAAUGGAGAGGAUGUUCACACAGAAGCAGCAGCUAAUGCUGAACUGGAAGCCUCAGAUUUGGAAAGUGUAAAAUAUGAGCUAGAAAAAAGUAUGAAAGAUGGUCUGAGAAUCAACUCAUACCUGAGCUGCAUCCAGAAAGAACUUACAUACAGGGACUCACUUCUUCAAAAGAAGGAAAAAGAAUAUGAACUUCUUACAGAAGAAUUUAAUUUGCUGCAUGUUAAAGACAACAUUGAAACUAGGCUUAAAUCAAAUGAAGAGCCAUCCAAGGGCAGUGUCAUUUCCAGUAACAGCAUUGCUGUUCCUGACUUUGUUCAUAGAGUGACUAAUCUGGACAUCAAUGAUACAGACUCUGACACUGGAAUCAGCUCUACACACAGUCAGGACUCUGAAAUAACUGCAGGGGACAUGGUACUGUUGUCAACAUAGUUGAAAACAGUAACACAUUUUUUAAAAUUUUAUUUUGGAGGAUAUUUAUAAGAAUUAGCAUACCUGCUGUCUUGGAAGUUAAGCUCUUCAAGGUAUUGAAGCUGUGGCACUGCUUUAGCAAAGUAAAGAGUGUCUAUUUAUGUGCUUAAUAGUAUACUUGUGCUAGAAUGCUAUGUGCUAGAAUGGGUUAACUGGUAAAAGGUGCAAAGUUGUUGGCUUUGCUACAUCAAGACUGUUUAGACUUUGUAAUGUUAAUACUCAGUGAAAUGGGAGCAUUCUGACUGCCUUGGACCAAAAGUUUGGAGAUUUCAUAUCCUUUGGUCUUUGGGUCUGCUCCUGUAUCUCCCUAACUUUUUAGGAAUGUGAAGUAGAGGCUAAAGAAAGCUAGACCAAGAGCUUGAUUUUCUGCUCUGUUACAUUAGCUUUAUGCAGACGGAGUUUCCUUGCUAUGAAGCUGCUGUAAAAGAUUAUAUAAUUGAGCAUUUAAUCUGUUAAAAAAUAAUUUUUAUGACAAUGUAGAACAGAAGAAAUAUAAUUGCAUUUAUGCCUUAUUUUUAAACUUAGUUUCUAUAAUAUCAGGAUGAUAUUUUUAAAAACCUCCUAAGUCCCAUUUUAAAAACUACCUUCCACACAUGGGUUUUUAAUUUUGAUUCUCUUUCAGCAGCUUUUAUCUGCGUUUAAGAUCCUUAAACCCCCUACUUAUCUGCUCUUACCCUGUAGUUGCCCUAGUGAUGUUUAAGUCCACAGAGUUCCUGCCAGCAGGCAUGUCAGAACUACUUAAAUCCUGCUUGUGCGAGACGCUGAAAUCCCAGGCUCACACCUAGCCCUAGGGGCAUUUUCAGCAAGACUUUCUCCUACCUAUCUCACCAGCUGGAUCCAGUGUCUUAAACCUCCUGAAGUCACAGCUACCAAAAAAACCAUAACAGAAGCAACAGGUAGGAGCCAGACAUUUUAGUCUCUGGCUAGACACUGUUUCCCAAUAGCCAGCUAUCAACUAUUUUCAUAUAGCAAGUAGGUUUUCAAAUCCCACCUCCUACUGUUUUGGAACAGGAACCUGUAAAUCCUACUUCCCCAGUGAGGGCUUUGGGAUACAGCAAAAACUGAUCCAAUUUAUAUAGUUACAAAUUGGGCUCCAGGUAAAAUUAAAAAAAAUAAUAAUAACAAAAAUAGGAAUGCAAAGCAUGAGAAUUUUACAACUGUGUGGUUAUGUCAAUUUUUUUUUUCAUUUAGGAUGUAGUUUAUCUCAAAUCCUUCUCCAGCAUAUUGCUCUAAGUCCUAAACCAAGCUGCAGAAUUGAGUUACCAAACACGAUCUGUAACUCUGUGCUAGAGGAUCUGCUAAUAUAGAACACAUGCACAAUUUCUGGGUUGCCGUGUUCAUGUUUUGCAGGCCAAUCAGUUUAAUACUUCUGAUUAAAAGACUUGAAUGGAAAACAAUUACAAUAUUUCUGAAUAAAGUUCAGUUCUGCAAAAUUGAAAGCCGUCCUGGAAUUAGCAGCCUACAGUGUAAACAAAUGCAAAGUACCUAGUAGGUGUAAAUAUAAAAUUUUUUCAGAUACAGUUCUUUCUUUUUCUAUAAUUUUCUUCUCCUAAGUGUCUUUUAACCAUUUUCUAAAAUGGCCAAAGUGCUAGGACUGCUGAUUAGCACAUAUUUAAUGCAGAAAAAAAAAAAAAAAAAAAAAGGAAAAAAAAGGCUUUUCUAAAAAGAAUUUUUUUGUGUUUUAUUUGCUGUGGAUCUUUUUCCUAAUCCUGGAUAUUAUAAAUAGUUUCUAUUUCAGCAAAGUGUGCUAGUUGCCUUAAUAUAUUUUGUGUUGUAUUUUUUUUCAUACAAUGUCAUUUGAAUACUUCAAUAAUAAUGUGUAAUAUUUAGACUCAUCAGCUCCUGAUGGAAACACAUGUAUGAAAUAUAUUAUCUUAUCUUUGUAAUAAUUUAUUAACGCAACUCUGCAUCUUUGGAUCUCUGUGGUAUCACUCUGACAAGUAGUUAAGCCCAGAGUUCUGAAUGCUGAGGGUAGACUAAUGUCUUCUAUGAGUUCUUAUGAGUUUAGUUACCAAUAGCUACAAUUUCUAUUGAGUCAUUUUUUAUAUAUAAUUACUUAGAGGAUAGAGAAUUGAAACAGAGUAAUAUACACAGCUUGCAGGCUAGUACAAGACCCGUGGGGGGGAAAAUUAAUUUCCACUCAUACUCUACCAGAUUUAUUUUGCUCAUAGGAACUUCUCUGAGUUCUCUCAGCAAAUCUUUAUCCACACUUGGUGGUUGAUUGUGCCUCCCCUUCAACUUGUAGGUCUUAAGAGUAUUCCUGUGUUUUAAGACGAAACUAGGAACAAUAGUUUGAGAGAGAAUAUUUCUUAAAAAAUAAAACAAUAUUAAAAAGACAGUGUUUUGAAGAAUUUAUUUGAAGUUUGUACUUUGACUACUUUGAUAUCUCAAAUAAACAUUUUUUUCAGAAUUUAGAAUGUACAAGAUGAUUAAAGCACUCUUUACUGUUUGUCUGCCUCUACAUUUUCCAUAUAUUUGUUUCACCUGGUUUUAGGAUGCUAAAAGUAUUCUUUAUGAAGCUUUAUGCUCCUUACUUCCUCCUUUGUCACAGUUAUAUAUAUUUGAUUUUACUUUAAAAUUCCCAUAAUUUAAAAUACACAAUAAAAAUC